AUGAUCGCCAUCGGCAUGGAAGGCUCCGCCAACAAAGUCGCAAUCGGAAUAAUCCGCCAUCCGACAGACGGCAGCACACCACAAGUCCUCGCGAACGUACGACACACAUACAAUGCACCACCAGGCGAAGGUUUCCUACCAAAGGAUACGGCGAUCCACCACCGAGCCUGGGUCGUCAAGAUGGUGAAAGCAGCUCUGCAAGAAGCUUGCCUGUCGCCGCAAGACGUGGACUGUAUUUGUUUCACUAAGGGGCCUGGGAUGGGCGCGCCGCUGCAAAGCGUGGCCGUUGCCGCGCGGAUGAUGAGUCUCCUCUGGAGGAAGCCUUUGGUUGGGGUUAAUCAUUGUGUUGGGCACAUCGAAAUGGGCCGCCUGAUUACCGGCGCUGAGAAUCCCGUCGUGCUAUAUGUCUCUGGUGGAAACACGCAGGUCAUCGCAUACAGUAAUAAGCGGUACCGCAUCUUCGGCGAAACGCUGGAUAUCGCAGUUGGAAACUGUCUUGAUCGAUUUGCGCGCACGCUGCGCAUUCCCAAUGACCCGUUCCCGGGGUACAAUAUUGAGCAGCUUGCGAAGAAGGGGACUCAGCUUGUUGAUCUGCCGUACGUAGUUAAGGGGAUGGACUGUUCGUUCUCUGGUGUUUUGGCUGCUAUUGAUGCGCUGGCCGUGUCUCUUGGGUUGAGCGGAGAAGAACAGGCGCAAAAUAUGGAUGCGCUGGUUGCGCAAGAGAAUCGGGAUCUCGGUACUAAGGUUACUCGCGCGGACCUCUGCUUCUCGCUGCAAGAGACGGUGUAUGCGAUGCUGGUUGAGAUCACGGAGCGCGCGAUGGCGCAUGUCGGUGCGAAGCAGGUGCUUGUUGUUGGCGGCGUGGGGUCUAAUGAGCGGCUGCAGGAGAUGAUGGGGAUUAUGGCGCGGGAUCGGGGUGGUUCUGUCUUUGCGACGGAUGAGCGAUACUGCAUUGAUAACGGAAUCAUGAUUGCUCAGGCGGGAAUGAUGGCGUAUAAAACAGGCUUCAGGACACCACUGAAGGAAUCUACAUGUACCCAGCGGUUCCGGACAGAUGAGGUAUUUGUGGACUGGCGAGAUUAG